AUGCUUAUCUUAGCACUUGCAUCUCUUUCUGUGAAAUACAGGUUCUGUUCCACUUUUUACUGUACGGCUGCUUUGAUGAACUGUAAGACACCUCUGCUGAAGGCAUACUGCAAGUCUCUCGAAGACAACAGGUUUAACAUUGUACUUGAAAAGAUUAAAGUGGUUAUAAAUGAUGACACCAGAUACACCAAGGGUUGCUUGAAUAUGAGAACUCAGAAGUGCUAUGCAGUCAAAUCUAACAUCAAUGAAUUUCUUGAUAUUUCUCGAAGAACAUAUGCAGAGAUUGUGGAUGACAUAGCAGGCAUGAUAACACAGUUAGGUGAAAAGUAUAAUUUACCGAUGAAAACAAGCUUCAGUACUACCCGUGGAUUUUUUAUCCAGAUGAAUGCUGAAGGAAUUAUACUACCAAAUGGACGCCUUCCAUCAGAGUUUAUGAAGAUUACUAAAGUGAAAACUACUUACAGCUUCACUACUGCAGAUCUAAUUAAAAUGAAUGAAAGAUGUCAAGAGUCACUGAGUGAAAUUUAUCAUAUUACGCAUAUAGUAGUGUGCAAAUUACUGAGUGAGACCUAUGAGCAUAUCCAUUGUUUGUAUAAACUAUCUGAUGCAGUCUCCAUGCUAGACAUGCUUAUUUCAUUUGCAAAUGCUUGUACUCUUUCUGACUAUGUUCGUCCAGAAUUCACAGAUACUUUAGCAAUCAAGCAAGGUCGCCAUCCUAUCCUUGAAAAGAUUUCUGGUGAAAAACCAGUCCCCAACAAUACUUACAUCUCUGAAGGAAGCAAUUUUGUGAUCAUCACAGGGCCUAACAUGAGUGGAAAAUCAACCUACCUCAAACAAAUUGCACUUUGUCAGAUUAUGGCACAAAUUGGUUCUUUUAUUCCAGCUGAAUAUGCGUCUUUUCGAGUUGCAGAACAAAUAUUUACUCGGAUAGGUGUUGAUGAUGACAUAGAAACAAAUUCUUCAACCUUUAUGAAGGAAAUGACAGAGAUAACAUACAUAAUUCAGAAUGCUAAUGAAAGAUCUUUGAUAGUAAUUGAUGAACUUGGCAGAGGAACCAGUGCAGAGGAAGGUGUUGGCAUUUGCCAUGCAAUCUGUGAAUAUUUGCUUAAUCUGAAGGCAUUUACUCUGUUUGCUACCCACUUUCUGGAGUUGUGCCAUUUAGAUGCCCUUUACCCUAAUGUAGAAAACAAUCACUUUGAAGUGCAGCACAUUCGAAGCAAUUCUGGAAACACUGAAAAGAUCAUAUACACAUAUGUACUUUCCAGAGGACAAACAGGAGAAGAAAACUAUGGUUUGAAAGCUGCAGAAGUUUCUUCACUAUUGCCAUCUGUAAUUCAAGAUGCAAAGGAAAUCAGCUCCAGUAUCACUAAACAGAUCUGGCAAAAACACAGAAGUACACCAGAAUCUCUACACCAGAGAGCCGUAUACCACCUAGCAACAAGAUUAGUUCAGACUGCUAGAAACUCUCAGCUGGAUUCUGAUAGUUUACGUAUGUACCUAAAAGGUCUGCGAAAACGAUUUGAAGCUGAUUGUCUUGCUGCUGUGGAAGCAACACAAGUAGUGACUGAAGAAUGAAGCCAAUUUUACUGAAUACUUCUGUAAAGUAGUACUUUGUCAUUGUUUUAGAAGUUUCAGUGUAUUUAAGCCCACUACACUGUGUUCACAAGUGAUAUGGCUUUUGGCAAUAAUUAAAAUGAAAACCAUGUUUAACUUUUUGUACAAUUAAAUAAAUGAAAGCAGUACAUCCUG